CUUGCUGGAGUGGGCGCCAGCCCUGCGCUCGCGUUCCUGGAUUCCGAGCGCGCGGCGCUGUUUACACCGGCGUCGCGUUAGGCACCCAGCCGCACCCCUCCAAACGCGCGGAACCGACGACAGUCACUUCUCUGGUCAGGCGCUCCCUGUGUGGGCCAGAGGGAGCGGUCGCCGUUUAUCCAGGAGGGCUCACACCUCGCGGGACUCGGAGCAGCCUUUGUCUUGGGUUUAACGCGAAGGGGCUGGGGGCUCUGCCACGCUCCCCGGCACUGCUGGGUCGGUUCUCCGCUCUCCACACUCGCCUGACUCGAGGAGUGAUGCCUUUGUGUUCCUGAGGCAGGUGGGACUGAGAGCUGGGACUGGAGGCGCCAGAAGGGUCCUGCGCUCUCGGGAAAUGUAUGCAAGAAGAGUUCUGAGUUUAUACUGUUCCACUCUGCUGUGAUUAAACAAGACACUGCUGUGUUUUAAUUUCAGAAAUUGAAAAGGGAAAAGAGGAAGGAGAAAAUGCUGGGCUGGUGUGAAGCGAUAGCCCGGAACCCUCACAGAAUCCCGAACAGCACAAGGACACCUGAGACCCCAGGGGACUUGGCCGAUGCCUCUCAAACCUCCACACUGAAUGACAAGUCUCCAGGGCGAUCUGCUAGUCGAUCGAGUAACAUUUCAAAAGCCAGCAGCCCCACAACAGGGACAGCUCCCAGGAGCCAGUCAAGGUUGUCUGUCUGUCCAUCCACUCAGGACAUCUGUAGGAUUUGUCACUGCGAAGGGGAUGAAGAGAGCCCCCUCAUCACACCCUGUCGCUGCACGGGAACCCUGCGCUUUGUCCACCAGUCCUGUCUCCACCAAUGGAUCAAGAGCUCAGACACGCGCUGCUGUGAGCUCUGCAAGUAUGACUUCAUAAUGGAGACCAAGCUUAAGCCCCUUCGGAAGUGGGAAAAACUACAGAUGACUACGAGUGAAAGGAGGAAAAUAUUCUGCUCUGUCACUUUCCACGUCAUCGCCAUCACCUGUGUGGUUUGGUCUUUGUAUGUGUUGAUAGAUCGGACAGCAGAGGAAAUCAAGCAAGGCAAUGACAAUGGUGUCCUGGAAUGGCCGUUUUGGACAAAACUGGUUGUGGUGGCCAUUGGCUUCACAGGAGGUCUCGUCUUCAUGUACGUACAGUGUAAAGUCUACGUUCAGUUGUGGCGCAGGCUGAAGGCCUACAACCGUGUAAUUUUUGUGCAGAAUUGUCCAGACACAGCCAAUAAACUGGAGAAGAACUUCUCAUGCAAUGUAAACACAGACAUCAAAGACGCGGUAGUCGUGCCUGUAUCACAAACCGGCCCCAAUUCACUGCCACCUGCAGAGGUUGGUCCUCCAGAAGUUAUACCAGUUUGACUGAAUUAUUUGGGAGUUUCUCCACCCAAGAACAUCUUUGUAGCCUUCAGCCACUACAAAUGACAGGUGUGCUCCUGCAUUGUUCAUUCCCUUUAUCUCCUUCCUCCUACUGACUCAUUUGUCCUUACUUUGCUUGAAAGGAGAGGAGGAAAAAGAAAAUCAAGUAACUCGGAUCUCUUGAAGGAGACUGCAGGAUGGUACAGAAGUGUGAAGCUCGCUGGAAUGAUUUCUAAGACAAUAAAGAACUACUGGUACAAGGAAAGUAUUUAGGCAAUGAUGACACAUGAAAUGGACACAUGAUUUUCUUUACAGUAGCAGAGGCAAAGUUCAAGAAUAUAGACUUGAAUUGCAAUGUGUAUUUCUUCCUAGGCCUUGUAAUGUUGGCUAUCUCAUGUGGAAAUAACACACAUACUUGGUUUUAAGCCUGAAAUUGUCUGCAUUGUCCUUACGUCACAGUGGAAGCAAAGUUGGAGGAUGCGUAUUUUGAUAUACAGAUUUUUAUGGCUAUAGUGGAAUCUGGUUAUUUUGACAGAUGCAUGUUUCAAAAAUGGAUGCAACACACAUCUGAAAAUAGUAACACCUGGAAUUACAUUUAAAUCAUGAACAAAUGAUUUGCAGAGAAUGUUUGGGUUUAAUUAGCUCUGUUAAGUACUCACAGAAAUUAAAAUCACUUAUCAGGUCUUAUAUUUUAUCUGGUUCCUCUAACACAGUGUUCACCAAUAAAAAUAGGACGCUGGAUACAAAUGUGGGCCAUAAAUGUAUUUCCAAGUAAUCCUAUCAGAAGAUAUAAAGAUAGGUGAAAAUUAGUUUUGAUCAUUGUAACACUAUAAAUGCAAGUUAUUUCAACAUUCCAUCCAAGUAAACAAUUACCACAAUUGUGUAUUUUUGAGUCAAGACCUCAAAAUCCAGUACAUACUUCAUUAAUAACAAGCCUCAACUUGAGUCAACUGUAUUCAAAGCACAGCUCUGAAAUUAGAGCUUCAUUUGACAGUUGAGGAUUUCAAAGCAGCAGCUUAAUUCAUUACUUUAUUUCAAAGUCUCAUUUAAAGAGCAUGAUUUUACAAAGCACUAAAAUAAUCAAAUUAAGUAUCCUGGUUUGAAGAAUGAGACAAAGUAAUCACAUCUGUAAAGAGGAAAGACAAAAAGAUAGAAAGUAAUCUGCCUGCAGCAAGUUGUGAAAUGAACUUGUUUGCUACUAUGAAGCAUUAAUGAUAGGGCGGUAAAAUUAAAUAUUUGUUAAUAUAACAAAACUGUAAAGAUUUUUAAAAUCCAUAUGCAGUUGAGUAAUUACAAGCAAGAAUGUAGAGCCUACUUUAAAAAUCUGACAGUACUUACCUUGCUCAGUUAAGAAACAUAAGUACUCAAGAUUCUGUAAGUAAUAAAUUGAGUUUUUAGGUUUGACAGUUACUAUUGCAUUCUUUCCAUAUUCAUAUAAGCUUUUUCUCAAGUGUGAAUGACACUGAGGUGAGUACAUCAAUAACUGUACAUAUAGUGGCCUGCUGAAAAUGUCCUACAUUUUAUAAAGUGACUUUUGUUAGUUGUCAUGUUCAUUAUCCUGAAAAGACAAGGACGCCCACAAGAACCAAAGCAUGGGUUAUCACAAGGCACAAUCUAGGUAUGUUAGUGUACUUUGUAAUUUUCAGUGUGUUUGUUCUUCACAGAUUUAUCAAAGGAACAAUGAGAAAGAUAGUGUCUUAAUGAGAAAGACAGUGCGGAUAUUAGUAGUGGCUAACACUGACUGGAAAUAUUCCCAUUUCUAGACAUAAAACAAAGGUAAACAGUGUCAAGUGUGUGUGUGUGCAUGUGUGUAUGCAAGUGAUGUGUGGGUGUGUGUAAUUCACAUAUAUAUGGGAGAAAAAUGUUAAGUUGUGCAGUAAGAAAACACAAGGUUUAAAACUCAACUUUAUUAAACGUUGUUGUAGGGGCACAAAGUAAAGUCACAGAAAAGCAAAGUGAAGGUAAUUAAACUGGACCAAAAACUCAACACAAAUAAGGACUUCAGUGGCUUUUUAAAAAGAAUAAAUCAACCUUAAACUUUGUAUUAACUUCUUAAAUUUCCCUUUCAGCCACUUAAGAUCUACACAUUUGAAUAACAAAAGUGUGGGGCGAUGUAACCAUGGCGCCACAUCCAAGGUACUAACCUUCCUUCAACUUUCCUGCCUACUUUUGCUAAACUUUCUAUAAUUCAUUUUUCCUAUGGGUUAGUAAUGGCAAUGCAUUGGCUAUAAAUAUUCCCAAGGAAAAAGUAGUCACCAGCAAACAAAGAAAUACUGAUUCCUUUUUGUGUGUGCUCUGAAAAACAAAGGAUUAUUUAACCUUAAUUACCAUGGAAAACACUAUUUUAAAAAAAGGAUAUGCAAAUACAUAGUUCACUUCACAGUAGGUGAUGACUGGUGAAAAAACUAGGCUUCAUUUAUUAAAGGCUGUAUUUAAAACUAAGAAAACUUCUAAAAUAAAAAGCAAAGAUAAUUGUCGGUAUAUUACUGAUAAAAGAUAAUGGUAUUUUUAAACUACCAAAAUUCUCAAAGAAAUGCUUUUAUAGGCUUUGAGUUUAUUGAAAUGAGAAUGUAACUCCUUAGCAGGAUUAAAAGUUAACAAUUCUGCUAUUCUUCCAAGUUUUCAAAACCUGACAUUGAAUUUCAUUUUUUAAAAAUCUAUUGCAGCAAAAUUUUCAUGGACAAGCUUUCCUGCAAUGAAUGUUUAUGAUUCAAACAAUGUGAAAUAACCACAUUCAUUUAAAACCAAGGGUUGUUUUUUUAUUUUUUACAUUCCAAGCAGCAGUGGUACCUUUGUCCUCUCAAACAACAAGAAACAUUUGCCCGUAUAGCAGUGCUUUCUGGUGGACUGAUUCACCUCUCAGAAAAGCUGCCUUACAGAAUGAUGUUUUUCAGGUACUUUUACCUGCUCCUGUAAGAAAUAAAAAAGGCAUCAAAACAAAUGACUGAAUUCCAAAAAAUACACUUAAAAUUCUGGGCUUUUUAUAAUCAUAACAAGAAAAUGUAUUUUUCCGUAAAAUAUACCGUAAACAACAGGCACUGAUGUUAUCAGUUUUUAUCUAAAAAAUUGUCACUUUAGUUGUGGAAGGUUAAAGAUUACAUUGCAAGGGAAUGACAUUCCAAUUUUUUAAAGAUGAAGAUAGAAAGUAACUUAGGCUUAUGUAUAAAAACAAACAAAAUAAAAACGGGAAAAAUUGUGAUCCCAACCUAGCAUUCAGCAGUGCCGCUUCUCCCACUGCCCUGUACUAACUCUGAGGCCUGCUGCUAUGGGUGGGGACAAGCCAGGGAUGGUCUCUCAGUUACAUUCCUUCUUGUUUUGCAUAAAGUGCACAGUACUCUUACACCAUCUAUUCUUUGGCUGGAAAAUUAGCUUAUCAGCCCAAGGACAUCAUUAAGAAAACUUACAUGGGGCUGAGGGGGCAGGUCAUUCGCUCUGCAGACAUCAUUCACCUUUCCUUGCCUUGCCAGUUAAUAUUGUGGAACACCGUAGAGCUCUUUAAGCAUAUUAUCAUUAUUAUUGUAGUUGUUACAUAGUAGUUCUGUAAGAAUCAUACCUUAAGAAAGAUGAAAACCCUCUUGCUUUAUUUUAAUCAGCCCAAUGGUGCUAUUUUACGUAUCAAUACAGUUGAAAGGAAGUACUGUUAUUUUGGGCUGCAGUGUUUCCAUGUCUGAAGAAGCCCAGCUUGAAAUUGGAUAUUGCAUUGAAACAAGAAAGAAAAUAAUUAUUUUAAUUGUGUAUAAUUUUUGAGAUUGGGCAUUUGUACUUUUUUCAGUUUUACCUAAUUCUCUUUCAUUAACAAUUUACUGUUUGUCAAUAAUGUGUGCUAAGACAAACUAAUGAAAAGAAAAUAAUUAUCUGUGGAAGACUUUGUAUAUUAAACAAGUGA